UUCCUUUAAUUAGUAGUUCGUUAAUGGCUUCCACGAGCAGAGGUUCACCUGAUGAUGACGGCUACAAACGAUUUACAGAAGAUAUUAACAAUGUGUCAUAUGGUUCAAAUACAACAAAUCCAAUUGACGAAAUGGGAAGUAGAUCCAGCCUUAGCAGGGAUGAUCUCGCUGACAUGGAUCACUGGGAAAUGAACUACCACGAAGCUGCAAUAUUUUUGGAGGAAGGAGCGAAUAACGAAAAAUUCGACUCCCAUCCUCGUCACCCCUCCGCUCUGCCUGCUUACCUGCUGGUGCACAAUUCUUGGUAUUAUGGGUUCGACAUGUUCUUCUCCAUGCUGUUGCUGCUGCUGGCUCUGGUGGAAAAGCCUUCUUUGGAAAACGUCGAUUUCCCCGUGGGCAUUCACGGUACAUUCGAAUUGGUAGCGCUAGGCGGCAUCGGCGUGGAGUUGAUGAUGAAGCUGAGGUGGAUUGGAUGGAGGACCAUAUUGAGACACAAAAGGACUAUGGUGAAAUGCGUUACACUUUCGAUUAUGGUAUUGGAAGCUAUUACGGUAUUGAUUAGGCAGUCUUCCCAUUUUAGAGUUACCAGGGCGUUGCGACCCAUUUUUUUAGUCGAUACGAGAGCUUGCGGAGGAGUGAGGAGAUACAUUCGACAAAUCCUUCAAUCAUUGCCUCCGAUUCUCGACAUGUUGGGGCUGCUGAUGUUCUUUGUUUGUUCCUACGCUCUACUCGGAUAUUUUUUGUUCAGCGGACACGAGACCAAUCUUUAUUUUAAGACCCUCGGUGACAGUUUUGUUAGUAUGUUCGUCUUGUUGACUACUGCAAAUUUUCCUGACGUAAUGAUGCCCUCGUACGCGAUAACCAAAUGGAGCGCUGCUUUCUUCAUCUCCUACAUUUCCACCGUACUAUAUGUACUGAUGAACUUGAUGCUUGCCGUAGUGUACGAAACUUUCACUGGAUUGGAAAAGGACAAAUUUAGGAAGCUCUUGUUGCACAAACGACAAGCCUGCAAAUUGGCCUUCAGACUGCUCGUCAGCAAGCAAACGCCAAAUCAUAUCAGAUUUAAGCAAUUCCACGGUUUAAUGCGGUACUAUUCACCAAAGACCAAACUUAGAGAUGUAGUAUUGAUAUUCCGGCAAUUGAACAAAUCGAAUAGCGGCCAGCUGAGCCAAGACGAGUUUCUUAACGUUUACGAUAGCCUGACGUUAAGAUGGAGGAACAAGACGCCGAUAGAUCCUUGGUUUUCGGCAGCUUGGCCUCCAUUGAGGAUGUUCUGCAGGUCCGCUAAAACGGCGGUGACUUGGAGGUUUUUCGAACACAUUGUCUACGUUUUGAUUAUAACGAAUGGCAUCGCUAUGUUUAUAAGAGUCGUGCAAACCUCGUCGAGUUUAGUAGAAGGAGCUAGAUUGUUUUGCGCGUCUUGGGAUACUUAUCUCUUCUUGUUUUUGUUUUUGUUGGAAGCUGUGCUAAAAAUUAUUGGACUGGGUUGGGCGGAGUAUACGUCUUCCGGAUGGAAUUUGUUCGAUUUAUCAGUUACUCUUAUGGCGUUGUUCGGGGCGUUUUUAUUAACAAUGAUGCCUAAUUUGACCAUUGUUGUUAUAUUAAGACCGCUUAGAUUAUUGAGAUUGUUCAAAAUCAAAAAACGAUACAGAGAUAUUUUCGGAACGUUGGUGCUACUCAGUCCUCUGAUGUGGUCCACGGGCAUCGUAAUGAUGGUGAUGUAUUAUUUCUUCGCGAUCAUCGGCAUGGAAUUGUUUUCACCAUACAAUCUGAAGAAUUGCUGCGUCAAUACAACCGUCGAGGACUUCUACAAAUCUAACGGAACCUCCAGCGGCAUAGGAUACUACUAUCUGAACAAUUUCUCCAAUUUACUGAUAUCAGGCGUGACGCUUUUCGAAUUGACCGUGGUGAACAAUUGGUUUAUCGUAAUGGACGCCUACGCUUCGGUUGCUAACAAGUACUCCAGAUUGUACUUUAUGCUCUUCUAUCUGUUUACGAUGGUCGUUUUAACCAUAGUGGUGGCCUCGGUAUUGGAAGCGUUCCGGUUCAGAAUCCAAUACAAACAACAGACAUCAAAAAAAGACGAGGAACUCAUGCUUCACGAGGAAGUCAUUGUGGAUUGGGUAUCUCUGCAAUCUCAAAUUCACGAAGUCCGUUUACUGGAAACGCUUCAAACCGAUUUCAUUGUCGGGGGAGUGGUGGCUUAUGUGGGACGACGAAGGAGGACGAGGGAAGUUUUGCAACACCACAUGUACGCUACUGAAAUAAAACAGUGGCUGGACGAGGCGGAACAAGCGGAAGGGGAAGAUAUCAAUUUGAUCAUAGAAGAGGCGCAGAUCAAUGCGAGAUUAAUAGCGGCUUAG